AUGUUUGCAAUGAGCAUUCAUGAUCCAUUCUACAAGCAGUCAGGCCUCAUGGAUGCAGCAAUGGAACAGCUCAGAGCCACCUCAGGUGCGUGGAGUGAAGUGGAGGAUGAGAAUGGGGAGCCCAAUAGCAGGCACCCAUGCCUGUUCCUCAUCAUAGAGGACAAGCCCCAGUGGACCGUCAGCACAACACCAAUCUUCAUUGGCUACCAUGAAUAA